CUUCAAACAAGAAGUUGAUGUCGUUUGCACAUGCUUCCAGAGCACCACCCAUGUCGUUAGCGCAGACCCCUGAUCUCCGCAGCACCCCCGAGCAAUCGACAACACAUUUCAUAAUCUGGCCCGCGUCUCCUUCUUGAUGACUUGAUGAUGCAUAAAUGCAGCUCUCGCGCUAUCUGUUCGGCCUCACUUGGCUUUUGCUACCGGUAGCUUUCUUGGGCACAACAUGGCUGUAUCUGUAUCCCCUCUUCCACGGCUGCACAUUUCCCCAACCUAACAACACGUCGCUCCCGCUGCUCUCGUCGCAAGCACCCUUCCGCCUGCUCGCCCUCGGCGACCCGCAGCUCGAAGGCGACUCCUCGCUACCAGACCCCAACGCGCCCAUCUUUCCGUCCCUCGAAAACGUCAUAAGCGAUAUCCGCAAUGCGAACUUCGACCCCCCGGAUGUGCGCGACAUCCUUUCCACAGCAGCAAAAGGUGCAGUGAAGGAUCUGGGCGCCUGGCUGGAAGGCUACAGGAAGACAGUCGAUCUAUGGGGUAAUGACUGGUACCUGGCGCAUAUCGCGCGGAGUCUGAGAUGGUGGACGGAACCCACGCAUAUCAGCGUCCUGGGCGAUCUGCUGGGCAGCCAGUGGAUCACCGACGGCGAGUUCGAUAAACGCGCUAGCCGCUACUGGGGCACCGUCAUGCGCGGGCUGGAGAAGGUGCCUGAUGCGAGUAUGGGCGUUUAUGUUGAGAGCGAUCACUACGACGAGCCGGAAGACGAACGCAAGAAGACAUGGGGCGGCACGAGAGAGGUCCUCGGCGCAGAUAAAGCGUGGGGGAGGCGCGUCAUCAACAUCGCGGGCAACCACGACAUCGGCUACGCAGGGGACAUCGACAAUGCGCGCGUAGACCGCUUCGAGCGUGCGUUCGGCAGCGUGAACUGGGACAUGUGGCUCACUCUCCCACCCAACACCAACAACACUUCCAUCCCCUCCUUCCCCUCCUCAGAAGACACAGCGACCGCAGACCCCCCGCCAGCCCUCCGCCUCGUCAUCCUCAACACCAUGAACCUCGACACGCCCGCCUGGACCGACUCGCUCCAGCAAGACACCUACGCCUUCAUGAACCACAUCAUCACCACCUCGCGCCCCGUGACCGACAAAACACACGCCACAAUCCUCCUGACCCACGUACCCUUGCACAAAGAACCCGGCAUCUGCGUCGACUCACCCUAUUUUGAUUUCUUUGAGGGUGGCCACGGGGUGCGGGAGCAGAACAUGCUGUCUGAGUACGGGAGCAAGAUAGUUUUGGAGAGUAUCUUUGGGCUGAGUGCGAACAAGGACGCCGAGGGCAAGGGGAUGGGAAGACGUGGGGUUGUGGUUAACGGCCAUGAUCAUGAGGGAUGCGAUGUGCUGCACUACAUACGGCAGCCUGGCGCCCCAUCCUCGUGCAAUGCGGAUGAGGUAGAGAGAGGGGAUGCGUAUUGGCCUAAGCCAACAGCGAAUGAGACGGAUGUCAGUAUCCCCAACGAGCUGUCCGACGACACCAUAUCCGCGAACGAAACCAUACCCGAGAACCCUGCAGAACAAGCCUGGAAAGCGCGCCGCUUCCCCACACUCCCCUUCGACAUCUCCCAAGAUAACGAAUGUACACACAUCCCCUCCUCCCCACACCUGCGCGAAAUCACCCUGCGCAGCAUGAUGGGCGAUUUCUCCGGGUAUGCGGGCUUCCUAUCCGCAUGGUUCGAUUUUGAGAAAGGCGAGAGGGGAGAGUGGGUGAUUGAGUUUAGUACGUGUGGGGUCGGGGUGCAGCAUUGGUGGUGGGGUGUGCAUAUUGUGGAUUUGAUUCUCGUUGUUGCGAUGAUUACGGGGUCGGUCGCGAGGGGGGUUGAGACACUGAGAGGCGAGGAGAAGAUGACUACUAGGACGAAGAAGGGAGAAGGCAGCAAUGGUGCAAUCGGUGGAGCGGUGGUGCAGAAGCGAGGGAAGGUGGUCGAGAUGAGUGUUGAGCCUGGUGCCGCGUCGAUGCAGAAGACCAGACGGGUGUAAAACGUAUAGCAUAUGAAUAUAGACCUUAUACGAUC